AGUAGGGAAUGAAAGAGAACCAUGGGAAAACAGACGGGUUUGCAAUAUUUGUCACCUGUGUAGUAGUAACGUAAGAGGGCGUUGUGUGCUGUUACCCACAGAAUUAUAGUUGUUGGAAACAGCUGUCUACUGUUUCACGUUUCAGUUCUCUAUACAAGCGAACAUAAUUAGGUUCGUGAGCGUGUAAGCUUGGGCUUCUUUUUCUUACGUUCUAAUGUUAAACUUACUUUAGGCGUAAAUCAUUGGGAAUGGAUUAUGAUAGUAAACUACCCGGUGUUUUUAAAUAAUAAAUCGACCAUGAUUUCAUUUCUGUGGGAAAGAGUUUCAAAUGAAGUGUCAGAGAAUUCCUAGAAAUGAAUACCUUGUUGGCCAGUUUUUAUACCUUUUGCGAUGAUCGGUGGUGUAAAUCAAAUGUAAUGUAGCCCCACCUCUCAUUGUUUUUUACUAUGACGGCGAAAUGUGUUAGGGCGGCGGCAGCGGAUACGAUAUAUGGAUUACGGAAAUGCCUCGUUAGGGAUAGUAUUAUAAGGCGUUGUCGAAAAAUCCCUGUAGAGGAAGACUGUAGCUACUACUUACAACUUCUGGUCCUUUUCAUGCAAUGUCGAAAGCUCGCGACAAGAAAUCAGUGAGAAAAACGAGCUGUUUAAUAAAGUGAUGUCAUUUUUGACAACGGAACAGAAUAAGCGAAAGGGAGAAACUGACGUCGCACGUGAGAUUUUAUAUUGUAGAACCCGAUUCAGCCGAUAGAUGGAAGACCAGUGUGACGUCAGUAGCGUCUAGCAGCACGCACAGGAGUAUUGUUGUUUUUCUGUCGCAGGACUGUUUAGCCCUUUCAGUCAAAUCAAGUGUGUAAGUGGUUCUGUCUGUAAUGACAACAAUGUUUACACCUACAUGAAUUGCGAUGGAACUGCCUUAAUGAAAGUGAAACGCAAAUUAGUGCUAAUAUGCCACUAGGAAACGUUGACUGUGAAGGAAACUUAUAAGGUGCGAAUCACUGUAAGUUGUUGUGUAUAUUAUAGCCUUUUUCCCGCAGUCCAUUCACACAUGCAGUCCAGGUUGGAUUGAGUACACAUUCACGAGAUCAUUAAAGCCGAUCAUCCCCUAAGUCUCUGUGUAAAUGACAAGCAAGGGGCUAGAGAAAAUCCCAAAUGUCUCUGAAAACCAAUUCUUAAACCAAUAUAUUUUUCACAAGCUAAAGGGCAACUAGAAACUGAAAGAAACAAAUGGUGGGAAAUAAACUCUCCUCAAAUAUGCAGUGAAUGUUAGAAUUUUUGAGUGAUGAACAUUUAAGUGGUCACACAGAAUGGAAUAGUUAUCUUCCUCAUGGGUACUAUAUCUGAGCAUUAUUGUGCAAAGAAUUAAUGUUCACUCAGUUGAUUACAUGGCCAUUGAUAAUUUUUAUAAAUGAGGUAUUUCAGUAAUUUUUCAGUGUAAAUGAUAUGUAACCUAAUGAAUUGGUUCAGAAGUAUGAAAUUCCUAGUCCUAAAACCGUAUAAUCUUGUUUAAUACACUGAGGUGCAGCAUUGUAUUGGCUACAUUCCAGUUUAUAAAAUACUAUUUGAGACACGCGUACAAAUAUUAAUACUUGGUUGAGAGUUCCAUCAAUAACAUUCUCUGGUACACUAAUAAACUUCUGAUGCUAAAAGUUUGGUUUCCAGGAUUAUUUUUGUGAAAUGUAUAAAAUAUUAAUAGCAGAACUUAUAUUGACGUUCCAUGACUCUGAGUAAUCAGAUUUUUAUUUUGAGAUGAAGAUGAUGAAUAUGUAUAAGAGGCCUCGCCCUCCUCCCCCUUCCCAUGCCUCUCUUUUCACGUAAUGUUUUUAGGUUUACAAUUGUGUUUGCAGUUUUUUUACUGUAAUAGUAAAGCCUUGAAGCCUUAUGGCAGAUUAAAACUGUAUCAGAUGGGCUUGACUCUGAAACUUUGCCUUCUGUUAAUGUUAACUUGGUGUUUUUCAUGUAGUCUGACUGGAGUUUUCUUCUGCAUUGUUAGUAUGUACUUGGUCUUUUAUGCUAUUUACAUUAUUUUAGAUAUCAAGCUUUUUAGAAGUAAAUAGUUAUGUGAUCACAAAAUAAAUGAGGAAAAAGAAUUUUUUUAAAGUACUUUUUGUGCUGAAUGAGGCUACCAGAAAAUAAUUGGUGCAGAAAGUAUGUGUAGUUAUUCCCUACAGUAGACUUUCUGGAUGGUUUUGAAUACAUGGAUGUAUUUGAUUUUGGGUGCAUACCCAAUAAACGUGACAUUUCAUCUUAAGCUCAUUUUAAGAAAAGAAUGCCAAACACUGCUCAAGAAUUUCUGCCAAGUUAUUUGCAGGAAGUAGUUUAUGAACUGUGGUUACCACAAAUUGGUUGUUAUGAAAUGAAGUGUUUGAAAUCAAACAUCAAUGUAAAACAGUGUGACUGUGAUAAGUGAGUGUAGCAAUAAACAAGAUCUCUGGUCAUGGAAGAAUCUGAAUCCUUAGUGGUUGAUGUGGACCCUCGUAUAAUUAAUUUUUCAGAAGAUGUAUCAUCCUGCAGCAUUGGUGAUGGGGCUAAAAAUAUUUUUCCAUGUAAGCGAUGUGACAGAUCAUUUCCUCUAGAGCAGUUACUCAUUAUUCAUGAAAGCAAUCAUGACAGAGAAAGGAAUUUCCGUUGUGAUAUUUGUAACAGCAGUUUUUACUGUAAAGGUGACUUAAGUAAACAUCAUGCUGUACACAUUAAAGACAAGCCAUUUUCAUGCAUUAUAUGCAAAAAGUGUUUUUCUCGGAAAAAUCUGCUUAGGAGACAUGAAAAUAUUCAUAAGGAAGAGAAAAAAUUUUCUUGCAAGAAAUGUACUAAACAAUUUUUCUUGAAAGAGCAACUCAAAUUGCAUCAAAAGGUGCACAGGAUAUCUAAAAAAUUUUCCUGUAAGAUUUGUAGAAAAGCAUUAUCAUCAAAGCGUUCUCUAGUGCGGCAUGAGGCUCAGCAUGCAGGAAAGGCUCAAUUUGCAUGUGAUUACUGUAAAAAAACUCUCUCUUCGAGUGCAGAACUUGCAAGGCAUCUUGUCUCCCAUGCAGGAAGCAAACCGUACCCAUGCAAAAUUUGUGGAAAAUCAUUUUCACUGAGUCACCAUCUAACAAGGCACUUUCGAAGUCAUGCAAGGGAUGAAAUUUUCACUUGCAAUGAAUGUCAAAAGACUUAUGCACGCAAAGAGUCUUUAGAAAUCCAUUUGCGAGGCCAUACUGGUGAACGACCUUAUGUUUGCCGCCUUUGCCAGAAAGGAUACUAUUCCAGCACACAACUUAGUCGCCAUAUGAAGAUACAUGCUGGUGUAAAAAAUUUUACGUGUGACCACUGUGGAAGUUCGUUCAUUAGAAAGGACCAGAUGAAAAAGCACAUAAAGAGUCAUAUGUACUGAAUUUCCUGUAAGGGGACAUGAUGUCGUAAAAUAAAAUGUAAAUUAUGUGCAAGCAAAAACAACUUAAGUAGCCCAAUUGUGAGCUUCUGCUGUUAUAGUUAAUUAGUAUAUUAUGCUUUUCCAUGUUGCUGUUUACACAUUUUAUAUCUGUUACAUGAUUAUGUAUUUUCAUGUUAUUUAUUAUGGGUGUCUGUUGUUAAUAAAGAUGGGAAUCCAUCUGCAAGCAGUGUUUCUGAUGUGCUUAACUGGAAAUCAUGUGGUGGAAUUCAAAAUAUACACCAUCACACAAAAAAUGGAACACUUUACUCUGUAUGUGCCGGCACACUUGCAUCAAUGCAAGUGACAAGUCAAAUGUCUGUUAGAUGUUUUUCUACGGUGAAUAUUUAUGAAUCCAAAACUUCCUGUUAGUUGUGUGACAUACUUUACCUAAUACUGCCUUUAUUAGGAAGCAGUAAAUCUAUAUAUUGUGAAACCCCCCAUUGACAUUGUGAUAUGUGAAUGUUUUGUUUUCCAGCUGCAUGUGUGAGGAAUUGUUUUGCAGCCACAGUGCCAGGGAAGCCUAAGUAUUUAUACUUUACUUUCUUGUUGCCAUCAGAAAGUUUUAUCUGCUGUUUUCCAAUGUCUCAGGCUGUUUCCUCAUAACAUACAGUACAAUUUGGUGGUUUUGUUGGCAUUUGUAUAUUAUAUAGGCGGUGACUGAAAAGUGAUAAUGGUGUCUCAAAUUCACAAGCUGUAAUAGUAUUUCGAAUUCAUAACAUUGAGUUCCUAUUUAAUAUUCAGUCAUUUCCAGCAACUGACAACAAAAUGUUCACAAGAUUAACAUGAUCUUCCUUUGCACGUGCACACAUCACCAUUUUCCUCUAAUUUACCCCCUUUAUUUUCUUCUCCUUUCCUUUCCUUUCUCUUUCAGCCCUUGCACUGUGUUAGUGAUAGUAAUUUGUGUGUGUGUUUUGUUUCACUAAGAUUUGAACUUAAUCACUUGUACAAAAUCUUAUCUGAAAGAAAGAAGGAAAGCAAGCAAAAGCUUAAAAGGAUAAUGAAUUUCUGAGUGAGGCUGAUGUAAUAUUGAAUGAAUUUUUGUUCCUGACUAUUAAUGUUGAAAUUUUUGUAACAAUGUGAAAAACCAGACAUUUUUGCUGCACACAAAAGGGGAAAUACAUCUGUUGUAAAAAGUUAA